AUGGCUCGAGGAUCAAAAAGUUUGAAGAUUAUGGAGCUACUAGAAGCUCAUACUUCUUCACAUCAUGAAUCAACUGGGCAAGAAAAUGAUGCUAGUACACAAGAAAAACAGUCCCGACAUAGAGGAAAGACAGUAAUGGCAAAUGUCUGGACAUCAAUGGAAAAAUUUAUAAUUAAAGUAGAUAAAUAUGGAGUCCCCUGCACCAAAGAUCGUUGCCACACUAAGUUCUUUCCUUGGUGUGCUUGCAAAGAAUGGCGCAGUAUGUCUCAAUUAACAUUCCUAAUUGGAGACAUGAAGAUUUUUACUCCAUACAAAGCGAAAUGUCUAAAACUCCUAAUGACAAAAUUUGAUUUUCCUCAUACACAAGAGACGGUUACAUGGAUUUUGCAAAAUCUAAACAAGAGAUGGCGAGAUUGGAAAGGUGACUUGAAGGCCGAAUUUUACAUUCCAAAAGAAAAAGAACGAGUUUUAGUGGAGCCACCUUCAACUGUUCUUGAAGAACAAUGGCCCGGCCUUGUUCGGCAGUGGUAUAACCCAAGAAAUGAGGAACUUGCUGAAAUAAAUAAAAGAAAUGCAAAAAAACAAAACAAUGCACAUACAUGUGGUCGUAAAAGUUUUGCACGAAUUAGGAAAGAAAUAGAAAAUGAAACUGGGAAAGAGCCGGAUCGUCUUACAAUGUGGGAUGCAACUCAUAAAAAGAAAGAUGGUAGCUAUGUAAAUGAAGAAUUUAGAAAGAAAUUGGAAGCAGCACAUGAUCUCCAAGUUAGUUACACAAGCUCAAGUGCAAAUUUUUGA